AUGACGCCUUUAAGCAAUUUAAAAGGAUGUCAAGAAUGGGAACAUACGUGUUUGCUCGAUAGUGAAUUAUAUUAUGUUAGAACUUCUGACGGAAAAUGUAUUUAUGGAGGUGACAUUAAUAUUGAGUCACUUAUACGACGAAAACGUGCCAGUUUCAACGCCAACCCAGUAAAAAAAUGGAAAAAUGGAAUCGUUCCAUACAUAUUUGGCGCGUCUUUACCUAAUGAACUUCGUAAUAAUGUAUUGAAAGCAAUGGAAAUGUUCAAAGAUUGUUCAAUAACAUUUGUGGAGAGAACAAAUGAGAUGGAUUAUCUCAAAAUUAUUAAUGGUAAGGGAUACUGGUCAUCUUUGGGUAGGAUUGGCGGAAUGCAGGAAUUAUCAAUUGCCCCUGGUAACUCAAACGAUCCUGUUGGUGCUUCUGCGCAUCAACUCAUGCACGCGCUCGGAUUUUGGCAUGAGCACACCCGUUUGGACCGUGAUGAUUGGAUUACAGUGAGAGGGUUUGAAACCCCAUUUUUUAAAUCUAAUUUCGCGAAGCAUCAAAAUACUAUAGAUAUUAGGAAUCGGAAUCAUGGUUUAUAUGACUUGAAAUCUAUAAUGCAUUAUGCAUUGACCGAUUAUAUAGAUCUUACUGAUCCUACUGAUAAUACUAUAAUUUCUAUGACUCCGACUCUGAGUGCUCAGAGAGGAAUGCUGGGACAAAAUAUUAAUAUUUUUUUAGGUCGAAAUAAUGUAACAUUAAGUGAUGGUAAUAAGAAAGCAAUCAGAAAUCUUUACUUUAAUCCACGAGGUGGAAAUUCCUCUUAUGAACCAUCUUAUUGGGAUGGUCAUUAUAAAAAAUUCUAUACUAAUACUCCACCGUUUCAGCCAGAAUUAUCAAAAUUACAAUUGAAUUUCACAGCCCAAUCCCCAGGUGAUUUAACUUUUUCAUUCUCUGGUGGUGGGAGGGAUUGUUAUGGUUCCUUCAAUAUUGAUAAGGAAUCGUACUACCAAGGUCAAUAUAAACAUAAACUUUUUUUUGGAACAUGGGGAAAUGAUCAGAAUCAGAAUCUUGGAUAUUUUAUUAUUGGGUGGGUUUCCAGGGCCGAGGAGAGUCAAUCACUUGAGGGAAUUUGGUCUGGCUAUUAUUUCAAUAACCUAAAUAAUAGCAAUAACCAAAUGGUAAUUAACUUGACAGCAACAGCACUUCGUCCCAGGUUUGGUGAUAAUUUAAUCUCUGGGUCUGGCUCAGAUAGUGUUGGAGAAUUUACAAUAGAAGGUCGGCAAACUCGUCAUGGUUUGGUCAACUUUAUCAAACAUUAUAGUACUCACAGUUGGAAUUAUGAUGGAAAGCUAAGUGGAAUGGAAAUAUGGGGAAAGUGGUAUUACUCUGGAAUACCUAAUGAUGGAGUUUUUAUAAUAUGGAAAUGCUGCAACCCUGCUGUUGUUGGCUAUGCCUGGGGAACUAACUGUGACAGGCUAAUAAGAGUACCUACUGGUAUUACAUGUGAUAGUGAUAAAGUUCCUAUUUCUCCUAUGUUUGGUUUCGAUGGAAAUAGUCCCGAAAACUAUUCCUGGAAAUGGUCUGAAUCCUGUGGUGGUGCUGAUGGAUGUGAUUGCUGCAAUGAUUUCAACCGUGGUGGAAAAUAUGAAUGGGCAAAUUGGUGUGAACCCAGAUGGAUACCAGAAGGGAAUCAUAAAUAA